UGGCCGCGGUCCGGGCCGUGGGAGCGAGCGGAGGGGGUAGUCUGCGACUCUGCCAGGCCCUCGAGUCGAGCCUCGGGAUCCCAGCGGAGUGUGGCGCGAGGACCUCCGGCCUGGCCUCGAAUCCCCAGCGCGCGGCGGGCUGGCCGGGGACGCCGAGCUGCUCAAGAUGAGGAGAGCGGGGCCGGGGCGGAGCUGCCACGUCUCUGGGUGUUGACUUGUCGGCCCCUUGGGACCUCGGGGACCACCUAGGCACGCAGCCAUGUGUGCGCCCUGAGGGGCAGGCGCCGGGGCCCAAGACCUAGCCUGCUCAUGCCCACUAGCUCUUCGGUGACUUGGGGCGAGCGAACAAGCUCCAAAAUGGAGGACUUUGCUCCCAGGACCUACGGCACCAGUGGCCUGGACAAUAGACCUCUGUUUGGGGAGACGUCUGCCAAGGACCGAGUCAUCAAUUUAGUUGUUGGCAGCUUAACAUCCUUGUUGAUUCUAGUAACACUGAUCAGUGCUUUUGUUUUCCCUCAACUACCUCCCAGACCACUGAAUAUCUUUUUUGCAGUCUGCAUCUCUUUGAGCAGUAUUACUGCCUGCAUACUUAUCUACUGGUAUCGACAAGGAGACUUAGAACCGAAAUUUAGAAACCUAAUUUACUAUAUUUUGUUUUCUAUCAUCAUGUUAUGUAUAUGUGCGAACCUGUACUUCCAUGAAGUGGGAAGGUGAGGCGGCAAAGAGAAACACUUACCAGGACUCUUGAAAAUGAUAUGUUAGGACAAUGAAUAACUGUUGAAGAAGUAUGCUGAAGAAUCCUCUACAGAAAUCUCACAUGAUUUUCAUGUUGACUGUAAAUCUAAAUUCCCUCUUGCAAGGGAGACAAAUCAUAGCUCUCUGCUUUUUCUUUAUGGAGCUUAUGUAGCAUUUGGACAUUUCAAUCUUCAAAUGGUACAAGUAAUUUUCACUUUUGAACUUAAAAAACUUUUUUUUUUUAACAAUUUAAUUGCAUGGCUCAAAAUCUUGCAUUUUAAGACAAAUAUUCUUUAUUUCUGUUAAACUGAAUAUACAAUUAUUGUUCCCUAAGCAACCAACUUUUGUUUAAUGAUAGUUUCACAUUAACAAAACACAGAUGGUGAAGACAGCUUUGAUUGUGAAUAUCUAAUUACAAUAAUAAAUAAAAUAAUUUAUACAA